UCCUAUUCCUGUGCCGUCUGGCUGUGAAGUAUAUUCUCUAACUGUUCAAGGGAUUGUGGCCUCGAGUUAUAUUCAGAAUAUCCACUAUUGCAGUGCUCACUUUGGCUUUCAUUACCAUCCAAAGGCCAUCACAGACAGUACUCUCAACACGCAAUGAAGGCGGGCCAGUGGGACCCUAAGCAACAGAAGGUCGUCAUCAACGACGUACCAAAGCCUUCAGCAGGUCCAGGGCAAUUUCUCGUAAAAAUACAAUCAGCUUCGUUAUGCCAUUCCGAUUUGCUCACCGACAUGCGACCAGACUAUCCCGUUACUCUGGGACACGAGGGUGUCGGCUACAUUGAGGCAAUAGACCCGAUCGCAGAAGGCAAAGGUUUCAAGGUUGGAGAUGCCAUUGGAUUUAAUUACUUCAUUGGUUGCUGCUUUGAGUGUGAGGCGUGUAUGGUACAUAAUAUGUGGUGUGAAACGGGCAAGUCAAGGCUCCAGGGUUUCAUGGUUGACGGUUUCUUUGCAGAGUAUGCUGUUACGGACUGGCAGAAUGCUGUCCUCCUACCUCAGAACUUGGAGAUGUCAAAAACUGCACCUCUGUUCUGCGCCGGCAUCACCGCGUUCCACUCUGUCGACAGCUGCGAGUUGAAGCCCGGGCAGUGGCUAGCAAUCAUUGGUUGCGGUGGGCUAGGCCAAUAUGCCAUUCAAUAUGCCAAAGCAAUGGGAUACAAGACGAUCGGGUUGGACAUCAAGGACUCUCAGCUUGAAAUGGCUAAGAAGGUCGGAGCGGAUGCCGUCUUCAACACGAUGACCAACAAGACCUAUGUCGAGGAGGUUAGGAGACUCACAGGCAAAGGCUGUCAUGCUGCCGCCGUAUAUAGUGCUGCAAACGCCGCAUAUAGAGGAGCUCCAGAGAUCCUCCGCAUAGGAGGAUUAUUGAUGGUCAUUGGAAUUGCCCCCAAGCCCUUCGACUUUGUUACUACAUUCGAUCUCACCACAGGGAAGUACCGUGUUAAAGCAGAUAGCACUGGUAUUCCUCAGCGGAUGAAGAAGGCUGUCGAUUUUACUGGCAAGCACAGUAUACAACCCGAAGUUGAGUUUAGGAAAAUUGAAGAUCUGCCUGCCAUGGUAGCAGCUAUGCACGACGGGAGGGCCGAAAAGAGACAGGUCGUCGUGCUUUAG